AUGAUCGACAACGAGCUACGAAGGGAUCUGGGAUUGCAAGGCGAACAUCGACAGCUUAACGUCCAAUGGUUUGGAGGAAGAGCCAGCAGGGAGCCUACCAACGUGGUGAGUCUGGAGAUAAGUGGAGCUGGGAAGCCCACUCGCCACCCGUUGAAGAACGUGUACGCCGUUUCAAACUUGAGUCUGCCGAAGCAGACGUUAUGUCGACGAGAUGUCCAGGGCGUGCAAAGGGAUUCGAGACUGCCGAUGAAGCUAUAUAGCAACGUGGUGCCGAAGUUGCUCAUCGGACUGGACCAUGGACAUUUGGGAUGGCCACUUAGGACGAGGCGGUUUGCCAGAGAGGGACCGUAUGCGGCCGCAACCGAGCUUGGAUGGGUCGUGUUUGGGCCAGUAAGUGGACAAUCAACUACGCCGUCACCGAGGUCCUGCCUUCUAGCCGUGUCAAUGGACGAUACGAUGGAAAAGAUGGUGGAGGACUACUUCGAGAUGGAAAGCUUUGGUGUGAAGCUCGCGCCACCGGUCGCAGCCAGCGACGACGUGGGGGCCAAAAGGAUUCUCGAAGACACCACGGUGAAAGUGGGGCGUCGCUACCAGACGGGAUUGCUUUGGAAGGACGAUCACGCUGUGCUGCCACGGAGCUAUGAGAUGGCGCACAGACGGCUGAUCAACGUCGAGAAGAAGUUGAAACGCAACGGGCAGUUGGCGCUGGAAUACGACCGGAUCAUCAAGGAUUACGUUUCCAAAGGAUAUGCAAGGAAGCUGCAGCCGGAUGAGGUCGCGGUGAAGAGCGACAAGCUUUGGUAUUUGCCACACUUUGGUGUGGAAAACCCAAACAAGCCCGGUAAGGUCCGGCUUGUGUUUGAUGCUGUAGCCAAGGUUGAAGGAACCUCGCUCAAUUCGGCGCUGGACAAGGGGCCUCAGCAUUACAAGCCUUUGCCAGCUGUGCUCUUCCACUUCAGGGAAGGAGCAGUCGGAGUCUGCGGGGACAUCAAGGAGAUGUUCCACCAAGUGCUAAUCCGACCCGAGGAUCGAUGUUCCCAACGAUUCCUCUGGAGAGACGGCAACGACGAUCGAGACCCGGAUGUAUACGAAAUGAACGUAAUGACGUUUGGAGCUGCCUGUUCGCCGAGCACUGCGCAUUACGUCAAGACGGUGAAUGCCCUGAAGUUUCGGGAUUCAGAUCCGAGGGCAGUCAAAGCCAUCAUCUAUCACCAUCGUGGAAGCGGCGUUGGGACCACUCAAGACAAAUCCACCACUUGGGACAAAUCAAGAGCGUCGGAUGGGAUUGAGUCUGAGCAGAAGAUUCUUGGAAUGCGUUGGCAGCGUCCUGAGUGGAGAUCGAGUCCCUACAAAGAGGGAGUAUUUGAGCCUGCUGAUGUCAACGUUCGACCCAUUGGGGUUCCUGUGCUGCCUCAUGAUUACAGCGAAGCUGUUGCUGCGGGAGAUCUGGAGGCAGAAGAUCCAGUGAGACGAACCACUGCCGGAGGAGAUACGCAGAGAGAGAACGCCGUGGGACAGUUCCGAUGUCCUCGCCACUAUUUUCGACGUGGAGCAGUUCGGACCAUCGAGUUGCACGUUUUCGUGGAUGCAAGUCAAUCUGCAUUCGCGGCGAUGGCCUAUUGGAGGGUCACGUACGACGACGGAAACGUGCUGGUUAGCUUCGUGUGUGCAAAGACGAAGUGUGCGCCGAUGAGGACGAUGUCCAUCCCACGCCUGGAGCUACAGGCAGCGGUUCUUGGAACUAGGGUGAUGAACACUGUCAAGGAAAAACACAACGUGGACAUCAGUGAGACGGUGUUAUGGACGGAUUCAAGAACGGUGCUGAAAUGGAUCGGCAGCACCCACCGCCGCUACAAGCAGUUUGUUGGCAACCGAGUGGCGGAGAUUUUGGAUACGUCGAAGGUUUCCCAGUGGAGAUGGGUACCUACAGCCGACAACGCAGCGGAUGAUGCGACGCGGUCGCAGAACAAGGCGGACAUUAGCCCGGAAUCCCGGUGGCUAAGCGGUCCCGCAUUUUUGAGGCAGCCAGAAAGCGGCUGGCCAACGCCUGAGAAGGGAACCGAGCAUGUUCCAGACGCACAUGACGAAGAGGAGAUGCCCGCCUGGGUUCUGAGAUUUGCGCGACGGUGCCGCAAACAGAGAAGCGAACUCGAGGAAUAUGGACUCACUGCGACGGAGUGUGAGGCCGCGGAGAACCUGUUAAUCAGGCAGGCCCAAUUGGAGUCGUUUCCCGACGAGAUGGGGUCGGCGGAACGCGGAAAGGAAUUCGCCAACUCGAGCGAGAUUCGAAGUCUGGCGCCGUACAUGGACAAAUAUGGAGUUCUGCGAGUUUAUGGCAGAGUCGAUGCCGCGCUGUUCAUGCCGUACAGAGCGAGGAGGCCUGUGAUACUGUCACACAGGCACAGUCUCACGGAGAUGGUAGUAAGACACUACCACGCCCAGAUGAAGCAUCAAAACGUGGAUGCGACGAUUGCCCGGAUCCGGACGAGAUUCUGGGUCACGAAGAUAAGACGAGUGCUGAAGGAGAUAAUCUCGUCGUGCAACGUGGCGAUACCGCCGAUAAUGGAUCCAGAGGAUCGCUUGGAAGCUGGAGGAUGGCCAUUCAAGUACACAGGACUGGACUACUUUGGGCCACUGCUGGUGACUGUUGCCCGUCACAGAGAGAAGCCGAUCAGGAACUUCGUCUGCCGUAGAGGACCAGUACGUAAACUGCGGAGUGACAACGGCAAAAACUUCGUGGGAGCUGACAGGGAGGCCAGACGAUUUGGAGAUGUGUUCGAGACGGAAAGGAUACAGAGUGAGUUAUCCAGCAGGAGCAUUGAGUGGGUUUUUAAUUCUCAUCCUCAUAUGGUCUUCGCCUGCGAUCCUGCCUUGCCCAGACGAGAGUGGCGCAAGGGCAUCGUGGAGGAGGUCUACAGCGGAGCUGAUGGAGUUGUCAGACGCGCCACUGUGCGCGUAAAUGAUAAUGGACUAUCUUGGACAAUGUUGCGGUCGGUCUCUUAA